AUGUCUGCCCUGCUGACUCUGUGUGUCGUGCUCCUGCCCCUGGCGACCCCGGGCCGCGGCGCCCGGCCAUGGGAGCCCUGCACUGACCUGCGGCCCCUGGAUGUGCUGGCAGAGGCGGUCCCUCCCGAUGGCUCUGCAGUUGGGGUCAGGGUGAUGCAGGUCCAAGGUGCACGAGGACUCCAGCUCUCAGCCGCCGCGCCCCAUGCCCUGAGCUUCCCUGCCUCGAGGAUUUUCUUCAGAUGUGACCUCUUCCCGGAGGAAUUUUCCAUCGUUGUGACCUUGAGAGUCCCCAGCCUCCCCCCUAAGAGCAUGACACUAAACAAAAACAAGGAAGGAAAGACUUCAUCAGGCUGCUGCCAGACAACACACAACACAGAGGAGACGUAUAAAGCUGGGGAGCUCUGGGCACUCACACACACACUCACUCACACUCACAUCCUCACCCUCCUCUGGCCCCACAACCCCACCAUGGCUUUCUCCAACCUGUCUGCUUGCUCCAGCGACCUGAGCUACAGCAGCCGGGUCUGCCUGCCCGGGUCCUGUGACUCCUGCACCGACUCCUCCUGGCAGGUGGACGACUGUCCAGAGAGCUGCUGCGAGGCCCCUUGCUGUGCCCCCAGCUGCUGCGCCCCGGCCCCCCGCCUGACCCUCCUCUGCGCCCCAGUGAGCUGCGAGUCCAGCCCCUGCUGCCAGCCAGCCUGCAGCAGCUCCUGCCUGCCCUUAUGCUGCCAGACCCCCUGCUGCCAGCCCUCCUGCUGCACCUCCUCCCCCUGCCAGCAGGCCUGCUGUGAGCCUGUCUGCUGCAGGCCCGUCUGCUGCACACCCGUCUGUUGCACACCUGUGUGCUGUGAAGCCGCCCCCUGCUCAACCUCCUCAUGUUGCCAGCAGUCUAGCUGCCAGCCCUCCUGCUGCACCUCCUCCCUCUGCCAGCAGGCCUGCUGUGAGCCCGUCUGCUGCAGGCCUGUCUGCUGCACCCCCUGCUGCCAGCCAGCCUGCAGCAGCUCCUACCCAGCCUCAUGCUGCCAGCCGUCUAGCUGCCAGUCCUCCUGCUGCACCUCCUCCCCCUGCCAGCAGGCCUGCUGUGGGCCCGUCUGCUUCAGGCCCGUCUGCUGCACUCCUGUCUGCUGCAGGCCUGUCUGCUGCACACCUCUCUGCUGCACUCCUGUCUGCUGCAGGCCUGUCUGCUGCAGGCCCGUGUGCUCCUGCAGCAGCUCCUGCCUGGCCUCAUGCUGCCAGCCGUCUAGCUGCCAGCCCUCCUGCUGCACCUCCUCCCCCUGCCAGCAGGCCUGCUCUGAGCCCGUCUGCUGCAGGCCUGUCUGCUGCAGGCCUGUGUGCUCCUGCAGCAGCUCCUGCCAGGCCUUGGGCUGCCAGCCGUCUAGCUGCCAGCCCUCCUGCUGCACCUCCUCCCCCUGCCAGCAGGCCUGCUCUGAGCCCGUCUGCUGCAGGCCCGUCUGCUGCACUCCUGUCUGCUGCAGGCCUGUCUGCUGCAGGCCCGUCUGCUGCGAGGCCUCCCCCUGCUCAGCCCCAUCCUCCUGCUGCAGACCCUCCUCCUCCCCCUCCUGCUGCACCUCCUCCCCCUGCCAGCAGGCCUGCUGUGAGCUCGUCUGCUGCAGGCCUGUCUGCUGCAGGCCCGCGUGCUGUGGGGCCUCCCCCUGCUCAGCCCCAUCCUCCUGCUGCAGACCCUCCUCCUCCGUGUCCCUCCUCUGCCACCCCAAGAAUGAGUACCUCCUGGCGGUGGUGGCGGAGGAGCGCGACUCGCUGCUGCUGGGCCUGCGCUACUCGCCCACCCAGCUGCACUUCCUCUUCCUCAGCGAGGACGGGGCAGGCGCCUGGCAGACCCGCGUGUCCUUCCGCAGCCCGGCUCUGGUGGACGGCCAGUGGCACGUGCUGGUCUUGGCCGUGUCCGAGGGCUCCUUUUCGCUCACUACGGACUGCGGCCCCGCCGUGGACAUAAUGGCUGACAUGCCCUUCCCAGCCACCCUGUCUGUGCGAGGAGCCCGGUUCUUCAUCGGCAGUCGGCGGAGGACCAAAGGCCGGUUCACGGGCCUGGUGAGGCAGCUGGUUCUGCUGCCUGGCUCGGAUGCCACCCCGAGGCUCUGUCCCUGCAUGAAUCCUGAGCUCGCUGUGCUGUCCAUCCCCGCUAUCCUGCAUGGCCUCACAGGGAAGCCGGAAGACAACGAGGUGCUAAAAUACCCCUAUGAAACCGACAUGAAGGUGACGCUGGGACCCCGGCCUCCGUGCACCAAAGCGGAGGAUGCCCAGUUCUGGUUCGACGCCAGCCGCAAGGGGCUAUACCUGUGCGUGGGCAGCGAGUGGGUCUCCGUGUUAGCAGCCAAAGAAAGGCUGGAUUACGUGGAGGAGCAUCAGAGCCUGUUCACGAACUCAGAGACGCUGGGCAUCGAGGUCUUUGUCAUCCCUGAGGCCGGGCUCUUUGUGGCAACCGCCAACCGGAAAACCACAUCUGCCAUCUACAAGUGGACUGAUGGCAAGUUUGCUUCAUACCAGGACAUCCCCACGCACCAGGCCCAGUCCUGGAGACACUUCACCAUCGGGAAAAAGGCAAGUUCAUGUAUCUUCCUGGCUGUGGCUAAUUUUGAGCCGAAUGAGAAGGGUCAGGAGUUCUCGGUCAUUUACAAGUGGAGCCAGAGAAGGCUGAGGUUCACGCCAUACCAGAGGGUGCCCACCCACAGUGCCCGGGACUGGGAGGCCUUUGAGGUGGCCGGCGAGCACUUCCUGGCCGUGGCCAACCAUCGGGAAGGCGACAACCAUAACAUUGACAGCGUCAUCUACAAGUGGAACCCGGGGACACGGCUCUUCGAGGCCAACCAGACCAUCGCCACUUCGGGCGCCUACGACUGGGAGUUCUUCACGGUGGGGCCCUACGCCUUUCUGGCCGUGGCCAACGCCUUCAACGGCACGUCCACGCGGCUGCAGUCCCACCUGUAUGUGCGGCUGGGCGGCUCCUUCCAGCUCUUCCAGUCCUUCCUGACAUUUGGCGCCGCAGACUGGGAGGUUUUCCACAUUGGGGAGAGGGUCUUCCUCGCCGUGGCGAACAGUCAUCGCUACGACGUCGAGAUGCGAGUGCAGAACGACUCCUACGUCAUCAACUCAGUCAUAUACGAGCUGAACGUCACCGCACAGACGUUCGUCCGCUUCCAGGAGAUCCGCACUUGCAGUGCUCUGGACUGGGAGUUCUUCUCGGUGGGAGAAGACUAUUUCCUGGUGGUUGCAAACUCCUUUGAUGGAAAUACCUUCUCGGUAAACAGUAUUAUUUACAGGUGGCAGGGGUACGAAGGCUUCGUGGCCGUGCACAGCCUCCCAACCUUCGGCUGCAGGGACUGGGAGGCCUUCCGCACGGCAGCCGGCUCCUACCUGGUCUACUCCAGCGCCAAGGAACCGCUGUCCCGGGUGCUGAAGCUGAGGACGGGGUGA